GUGCGGUACGUCACAGCAUUACACGAUGACUAGCCACUAUCUCUCUCCGAGCUCAAACACAAGCGAUCUGCAACACAUCAUGGCAGAACCAUCAUCUUUUACUCUCCCGACCAUUUGUAAUUAUUCCGACUAUGAAGACAGAGAUAACGAGACUUUCGGAACCCAUCAUCGAGGGGCAACUAUUAUAUCCCCAGUGUUAAUGGGAUCCGCUGGGAUCAUUGGGAACAUCUUGGCUCUGUAUGUUCUCCAUAAGAACAAAAGUUCGAGUGUCUUUUAUACAUUAGUGGCCGGAUUAGCUUGGACGGAUUUGUCUGGAAUCAUCCUUACGUCCCCUGUUACCAUCCUGUCCUACAGCAAUGGACGGAAAUGGGUCGGAGGAGACAUACUGUGUAAAUUUAAUGGAUUUGUUAUGAUAUGUUUUGGAUUAUCUACUCCACUAAUUGUGUGUGCAAUGGCCAUUGAGAGGUUUCUGGCCAUUAAAUACCCCCUUAUACAUUCCCAACGAUGUAACUAUGGAUGUGCACGGAUUAUUCUGAUAACGUUAUGGAUAGUUGUGUUGCUGUUUGGAGUCCUCCCCCUUUUCGGUGUCGGUACCUACACGGUUCAGUAUCCUUGUACAUGGUGCUUUCUUGAUUUCCAUAGUAACAAUCCUAUUGCUAAUUCAUAUGGUUAUCUUUAUGCUUCUGUAAACCUCGCUGUUGUGCUUAUCAUGACGUCGUGUAACUGUUACGUCAUGUUUGCCCUUUUACGGGUAAGGUACCUGAAAAGAGUUGCCUUGUCUCAAAAUGGAAGCCUGGAAGUUUGUGAAGUAAAUGGUGGGCGGAGGUAUCGUCGGAAGAAAAGAAACCAGAAGGACCUUGAGCUACAGAUGAUCAUACUGAUGUGUGUACUGACUACAGUCUUCGCUAUGUGUUGGGCUCCACUAAUGGUACAAAUCAUCGUCACAAUUGCCACCGGAAGUCAUAACUACAUUGUUGACCUUACAGUGAUAAGACUGGCUAGCCUUAAUCAGACUUUGGAUCCUUGGAUAUAUAUUCUGCUCAGGAAAACCAUUCUUGACAAACUCAACCGUAGUUUCAGAAAAAUCUGCUGUUUUUGCUGUCCAGCUUCGGAGGUUGAGGAAGGUCAAGACCAAAAUGCGCAUGCACAUCACCUUCGGUGUUUCCGUAAGCAGUACAAUGCUGCAGGGCCACAAUACAAUACUGCAGGACCGCAACAUCUGUGUCAUUACCAGAACAUACCGGUAGGGGUAGGGUCGUGUCGAACUCACUCAAAGAAGAGCUCUAAAAAAUCAGACGGAAGUAGAAAUAGAAAACAUUCACUUCCGGAUGUUAUGAGAGAUGCACACUCGCUCAGUCCACCGGUCGACAUGCUAAGACCGGAUGUUACACCUGGGGAUACCCACAAUGAAAUAUGCAAUCAAUGUCAAUCAACUCAUUCAAAAGUAGAGAAAAAAUCCUCAGUACCUGUAGAUUGUACCUAUGCCAACAACGCACUAAUGAGCCAACAAUGCAAUCACGUUUCUGAUUAUGACAGUGACAGUUCAACAAGCCAUGAACACUGUAACAUAUGUUCAGGUGUGGAAGAGUCCCAGACCAAUGAUGUGUUCUCAGACCCGGCUGCAGAGACCCUUGAGUCCGAGGUGUUCAUGACGAAGACCACUACCAACAGUGGCGGUGGGGAAGGAGAAUCCCACAACCUCCUACAGGCUCCUGUAGCCUCGUCCCGGAACCACCUCUACUCUGACGUCAUUCCAUCAUUUAGGUCAUUUCGACUUCCCAGACGAAAGAGUAAACGGAUCAAGUCAGCAACCUGAAGUGUAGCUACCGAGACGUUCAACGGGAGACAACUCUUUGGCAACCUGAUAGAGUAGCUACCGAGACGUUCAACGGGAGACAACUCUGUGGCAACCUGAUAGAGUAGCUACCGAGACGUUCAACGGGAGACAACUCUGUGUUAACCUAAUGUGUUGCUACAGAAACAUUCAACGGGAGAUAACUCUAAGGCAACCUGACAGAGUAGCUACCGACACGUUCAGGGGUGACAACUCUGUGGAAACUAAUGUGUAGUUACCGAGACACUUAACGGGAAACAAAUCUCUGACAUCCCAAUGUGAAGCAAUCGAGACGUUCAACGGGAAACGACUCUGUAUUUUAUGCUUGGCACCAUAAUACAAAGUAAUGUUGACGAUGUCAUGAUUUGCCUUUCACCAAUCACACACGAGGUGACCAUUGGUCAUUUGUAUUAUUGAUAUUACGUAAACAUGAAGUUUUAGACCUUCACACAAAGGGACUUUAUAACUGAAGUGUAUUGUGUGAAUGGUAACAAGUUGAAUAAUUGAUACUCUUUGAAGUGAAAUAUUUAUGAAUGCCAUUUUCACACUUACAAUGACAGGAUGCAAUAUAAAUUCAAGGUCAACGUCAAAAACGAAGGCCGGAAAUGAAAAUUCAGAGCGAGGCAAUAUGUCUGAUCACAUGACACUUGUCUGCCCGUACAUGAACUAUGGAUUUUAAAGUGCGAAAUCACUUCAGAAUAUGGACUUCAACAUCGCACAAAUCAUAAAUAAAUAUGCAAGGAAAUUUUAAAAGUCUUAACUCCUCGUCAAUGCAGCAGAUAUUUUCUUUCAUUCUUAUUGGCCAAAGCAGGCAGGUGAUAAUCCCUUCUUACAGAAAUAUCAUAUUCACAUCAAAAGCUGCCUAUAUCGUGUUUCAUGUUUCUGGUUUCCUUUCCAUGAUAGUCAACAACAACAGCUUUGUCAGUAGGCUGACUUUAUUUUGAUAAUGUAAAACAUCUUUUCUACGUAUUGAGUCCAAUAAAAAUCCACAUCAAAGAUCAUUUAGCAUAAAUCUCAACAGUAAACAUCAUAUAACGAAAAAACUUUAAAUGGGUUUGAACAAGGCAAUGUACAGGAGAAAAAUGGUCGGAGUCAAUGAUUUGUGUAUGACGGUUUGAAAACAA